AUGGGCUGCUGUGCGGCUACGCCUUUCACUUGUGUGUUUGCCCCAUGGUGCUACAUCCCUGACUUCAUGGAGGGAGCCUACAACACUGAGAAUGUAGAGGCUGGGCGGGGAAGCGCCCCAAUGGCAAUAGGACUGGUGGCCUCAUCGCCGAAAAGUGCAAAGACCUCGGUGAGGCCACUGCCUGACUUGGGUGAUCGCCUCACCGAGAAGAGCAAAGCUGCCCGAGAAGGACUUCUGCAGCUCUUGAAGCAGAAUGUGGAGAAUUGCGGCAAGUUGCCCAGAGACAAGGUAGGACUGGCCUUGUGGUCGCUAGCAGUCGUUUGGCCGUCUUUGUCAGAUGGUGAGGCGUGGCGGCAACUCUUAGCCUCGACCCUCCUGGCAGCACAGCCGUGGCUCAUGGCGCCGGCCUACGAGGUGACCAACGCUGCCUGGGCAUUCUCACAACUCCCCGAAACCUUGGUGUCAAGGAGUUGGCCAAGUUUGCUUCAGACAAUGACUUGGCUUCAGCCGGGCCAGCUCUCAGAGCAUGAGCUUUGCAACCUGUUAGUUGGCCUUUCUAGCUGCACAUUGGAGGCACCGCUGCUGACAGAGACCUUUACCACCUUCAGUGGGGAGUUGGUCGCGCGGCUGGAUCGCUGCUUCUCAGUGCAUGAUCAGCGCCUUUUGGCUUCUGCCAUCGUCUCAACCCCAACCUUGUGGAGGACUCUCGAGGCACCGAUGCUGGAGAAGAUCAAGGCCUUCUUGCAGAUUGAUCUCGACACAGAGAGGCCAGCCACAACAGUGGUCCAGGCAACGGAGCAGUACCAUCCGGAUGAAGCUUAUCCGGCCUCGGAAACAUCGACAUUUGCCGAGGACGUUGAGGCUGAGAUAUCCAAAGACCAAGAGGCUCAUACUCAUUGUGGAGGUAAGGAAAAGAUGCCAGAAAGUUGCAGGGAUGAUUGUUCAAGCCACGGACACGGAUGUGCAAGCCACUGUCCAAGCAAACACACCGAGUGCUGUGCAGAGGUGCCCACCAGUGGAGCUGAGUCCUCGGAGUUGAGCCUCCUGCGCUUGAACCACCACUGCAACUACAAGGGCCACUGUGUGCAACUCAAGCACACCUUCAUCCAUGUGGACUGCCCCACCAGCGACUCUGAAGAUUGCAUGCUUUGCAAUAUCACCAGGCGGCGAGCACGAUCGGCAGACAGCAAAGAACCACAUGCGGUGGCGAGUGCCAGUCUGGAAACAGAAGAAGCAGUCUUUCGGCGAUGA